GGCGGGACUUCCGGUGCCGCGCACCAGGAAGACACGGAUGCGAGAAAAUACAGCGAGACCGUGCAUCCAUAUGGUCGUUUCAUUGAAUAAUUUUAAUGUGAUUUAAGUCAAUUUUCUACACAGUAGUUUUUUCAAAAUGCUAUCUUUAGAUUUUCUCGAUGAUGUCCGUCGCAUGAAUAAACGGCAGCUUUAUUACCAGGUGCUCAACUUUGGUAUGAUUGUUUCUUCUGCACUGAUGAUCUGGAAGGGUUUAAUGGUUGUCACAGGAAGCGAAAGUCCAAUAGUAGUCGUUCUCAGUGGUAGUAUGGAGCCUGCUUUCCACAGAGGAGACCUACUUUUCUUGACCAACCGUGUAGAGGACCCCAUCAGAGUUGGAGAAAUUGUCGUGUUCAGGAUAGAGGGGCGAGAGAUUCCAAUAGUACACAGGGUACUGAAGAUCCAUGAAAAGGAAAAUGGAGACAUUAAGUUUUUGACUAAAGGAGACAACAAUGCUGUUGAUGACAGAGGGUUGUAUAAGCAGGGCCAACACUGGCUGGAGAAAAAAGAUGUUGUUGGACGAGCCAGGGGGUUUGUGCCAUACAUCGGAAUUGUCACCAUUCUCAUGAACGACUAUCCCAAAUUUAAAUAUGCUGUUCUCUUCAUGCUGGGGCUGUUUGUGUUGGUCCAUCGAGAAUGAGAUGCCUCCCAAAGAGACACAGAAUACAACGUCCAGAAAGCUCCACUUAAUGCUUUUCAGAAACAUAUUUAAGUUACAUUUUGUCACAUUCAACACUAUUUGUACUAUUAGUUGAAUGUUUUAUAGAGAUGGUAAGAUGUCUGUGUUAAUAUGACAAUAAACCUCAACUUCAAAA